UAACUGGCCCUUUCAUAUCUGAAUAAUGGUGAACACAAAGGUUACUUCAAAAAACAAGCGGAGGCAGUCAUUUGUACCCCCUUCUGCAAGCAGUGCUAAGCAAGCCAAACGAAGUGACAGUUCCUUUGAUGAUCAAAACAACUUGCUCUUUGAGAUAACUUCUGAAGCGGGUCUGACAUUAAAUAAUGGAGUUGACGCCAAUGAAAUCAGUGUUUCGAGAGUUAUAUUUCAAAAACAGAUGGGACUGGCUUUAAAAACACAUAGCGGAGAUCUGUUACAGAAUGUUGAAACAUUUAUUGAAGACUUUGGAGAUUACAUAGAUGACCCAAAGAGGUUUCACAAAAGUUUGAUGCCCUCUACUUUCUCAGGGGAAGGCAAAAGUGUCCAGAAUACAGUUCCAGAUUCUGUUGUAAGACUACUGCUUGGAGUUGAUGUCAUCCAGUCCCCUUUGAUGAAUUUACUGCUUGAUAAACUACAGCAGUUUACAGACGAUGAAGAUAACUUCAUCUUUCAGAAUGGCCAAAAAGUUUAUAUCCCUAGACUUCUACUCAGCCAGUUUAGGUUCCUAGACAGAAUUGUUGAUGGAAAGGAAUUGUCUAAGAAACUUCUGGAAGUUUUGAGUACAACAGCUCUAGAUGUGCAGAAGGAAAUUAUGGCUUGUAUUCCUGACAUCGUGGAGGACUCUGAGCAUGGCGAUGUAGCCAGAAAACUGAGAGAUGAACUGAUGAGCAAUAAAGCUUUGAUUUGUCCAGUGAUUGAUGCUUUAACCUACCUGAAUAUUUCUUCAGAUUUAGUUGUUGAAGUUCGCAACUCUGUAGUAGAUAUCCUCAAAUCUUUCAGUCUACACGACCUCCCGAUUGUCAUUAAUUUCUUGCUGCAAUCUGUUACCUCACAGGAUGCCUUGGAGGUUGUGAAUGAGAUCAGAUCCAGCAUUGAUUUAGUGGCUUAUCUUACCUCUAAAAAGGAAGAUUCAGAAAAGAUAAAAACCAGCGUUAAAUUAACCAUUGACGCACUUAAAGGAAGAAUACAAUUCCAACGAGUUGUUGCUGAUGCUUGGGUCAAGGCUCUCGAUGCUGCCAAAGACUUCACUGUGAUCGAUGUCUUUGUCUUGCUGAUUCUCCACUGGCUAAACAAUAAGAAAACUGUAGAGAGUGUGGUGCGGAACAAAAUACGCUCUGGUGUUAUCACAGAGGUGCUGCUCAGUAAAGCAUUCACAUCAUUUACAAUGGUGAUGAGAGAUUAUUUCCCAUCCAUCUUGUCUGUGGCCCAGUCACUACUUCGCUCACCAGAGCCGUCUGUGUGUUACAUUGGAUGUUUCAUGUACAAGAUGUCCUUCUCAUCGUUUGACUCCUGCAGCAAACAGGAAAUUGUGGGAAAGCUGGUGAACCACAUUGGGAGUGGGUUUGCUGGAGAAAUUGAAUCCUCACUAAACAUCUUGGCUGACUUGGUUAGAGAUGAGAUCCUUGCCAUGACCCGCUUUGCUGCUUAUUUAAAGCGUGUCCUGGACUAUUUAGACCACAACAACUUAACUGUGGCCCAAAUAAAGAAGUUGUACCUGCUGCUGGCCAAACUGGCAUUCCAUCCCUCGCAGGACGGCAGCUGUCUACAGGAUGAUCUUCAUAUCAUCAUUAGAAAACAGCUAACUAGCUGCAAUCCAAAGUAUAAGAGAAUGGGUGUGAUGGGAGCCUUAUCUAUUAUACAUGCAGUGUCAGAGACUACCAAAGAUAAUGAAGCUUUACCUAAUGAGGAGCUAAAGCAGGUGCUUCAGCUGCUAGAGCUUGUGAACACCAGUGGCAAGAGAGAUCCAGCCACCGCUGCCUUGUUCAUGGACAGUCUAGCCGCCAUGAUCUCAUCAGGAGAGCUGCCUGGCAAUGUGGUGGAAUGGAUCGCACAGAACAUGACCAGUGAUUUUGAAGAAAAUUAUGUGGUGGAUCUGGUUGAAGAUGCUGAACUAAAGACAAAAUGCUUGGUGCCUGUUGAUGGGCUGUUUGGUUUAAACAAUGAAGAGGAAAGCACCAUUGUCAUUAGCUUGAUCCCAUUAGUGGAGAAAUUCUGCGAGGGACAGAAAAUCGAGUCAUCACACAGCCCCUUGUGCUUAACUCCCCUGUUCCACCUAGUCACAGCCUGCGAGAUGAGGCAGUCCAAUGAAAACUUGGAGAACAUUGAUGCCCUUCUAGGGUGUCCCCUGUUCAUGAUCAAGCCAGAUGUGUACGACAAGUUUGACUCCCUCGCUCCCAAAGAAAAGGACGUUGUUUGUGCAGGGCUUUUCUUCUGCAUCAACUGGUUUAGAGAAGUUAUAAAUAGCUUUGCUGCAAUGCCCCAGCCUGAGAUGAAAGGCAAGGUUAUAAUGAGGUUAAACCACAUCACACAACUCAUGUCAGCGCUGGAGCGAUGCCUAGCCAGCCACCCGACCUUUCAACCCCCCAUGGCUAUAUUUGACAUGGAGGCAACUCCAGUUGUUGUAGCCGCAGCUGUUCCAACCACCUCAGGGGCAGAGAAGAAAAAGGGAAGGAAGCCAGCCGGAAAGAAAAAGAAAGGGAAACCACUCACUGAUUCUACCAUCAACACAUCAGAUAUUGACGAAACAUUUUUUCCUUCACAACCUGCUGAAUCUGAGUCGACUGGGAAUAAAAAAGAUAAAACCGUCGACCUUUCAAAUUUCAAAAAACAUUUUCGGGAACUGGAUUUCAAAGUUUUUACAAUUCUGAAAACAGGUAUCAUCACAAGAGCGGCUCUGGAUUCUGAGAUGAACACGAAAGCGACCGAGCAACUCCAGAUAGGAGUACCACAGCUGUGUUUUCUGUUGGAGGACCUGUCCAGUAAACUCUCUCACUCUCUGUUGACCUCCGCCUCAAAGAGGAGGACCUUCUUCAGAACCAAGGGAGAUAAAAAUGUUGGGUUUUCGCUUUUGGAAAACCACUCGCCACGCGAGAUAGUCACACAGGUCGUUGAACUACUGCCGAGCUUGUGUGACCAUCUAGAGGAGGCUUGUACGUAUUUCCAGACUCAAACAUCAGACGACAGCGUUGUGGGCGAGGACGCCACUAGAGUUUUAGACGAGUCGGCUAAAAUGGCCUGCUGUUAUAACUUGCUGUUGAAGUGUAUUAUCUCCCUUCUGUCGUGGAACGGGUUCUGCAGUGAGGAAAACAAAACACUGCUGGUGGACUCCCUGAUGGUGAUGGUCCGCAGGAUUCGUGUGGCUCAGGAUGCGAGCUCUUCUGUGUCCCUGUCUGAUGCCCUCAGCUGUGCUCUCAGAUAUUUUGGUAACCUGGUUGAGACCAGCCCUGACCUUGACACUGCCGUCACCCUGAUCAAGCUUCUGAUGGUUCUGGCAGACAAAUGUCAGAGUGAAGAGCUCAAUGAAAAACUGGUGGCACAUGCCAAGACUUUCCUGUGUCGAGACUGGCGUGGAACAGAUGGGGAGAGACUGAAAGGAGCAAAGCACACCGCCAACCUGCAGGUGAUCAUCACCACAUACAUAGUCUACAGCACUGAACCUCUGGAGUCUCUGGAAGAACUUGCCACUAAAGGUCUGGCUGAGCUGGCCAACAUGGACAAGAAAGGCUGUGCUGAUGAGUUUGCUUCUCUCAAUAGGCAGACAUUGCCAAUAUUUUAUAAAGUCCUGCUGUGUGAACUGAUCAACAAGCUGAAGAGAAUCCCGGCCAGCAAGAAGAGUGACCCUGAGAGUGUCCAGGAGGACAAGCUCCUCUUAUGGACCCUGGCGGUCAAGGUUCUUCAUGUGGCCGUCAGCCUGACCAAAGUCUUCAGUGCCCGCAGUAACCUGGGCGCUGCCUUGAAGUACGGGCGUCAGUUCCUGGAGAUAUUUCUGCGCCAGUGCAUGCCAUUGUUGGACAUAACCUUCAGGCGGCAUCAUAGUGAUGUGGAGAGAUUGUUAAAGACAUUGCAGCAGAGCACUCGGAUGCUGCACCAUCUGUGUGGUCACUCUAAGAUUACUAAAGAUGUGGCACUGACCAACCAAGUGCCACUGUUGAAAAAAGCCUUGGAGACUUUUGUGUUUAGGGUUAAAGCUAUGCUGGCCUUAAACAACUGCCAAGAUGCAUUCUGGGUGGGAAAUCUAAAGAACAGAAAUCUUCAGGGAGAAGAAAUUCUAACCCAGAAUUCUGUAGCAAACAGUGGUCAAGCCAGUGGGGAUGAAGAAGAAGAGGACGAGGAAAAUCAAGCUGAUGAUGAUGAAGAGAGUGAUGUUGAGAUGACCCAGGCAGAGGAAGAAGGGUCUAAAAUCACUGGCGGGUCUUACAGUGAAAUUUUUUAGGGACUGAAUUGUGUUUUUGUUGUUGCCUGCGUUAAGAUUUCUUACUGCACUGUAUUUUAAUUUUUCUGGCUGUUAAUUUAAACCAAUGCAACUGCUUGUUGAUCUAUUCAGACAAAGCCAUUUUAAAUUAAAAAUAAGUUUUGUAUACAGUGAAACCUGUUAAAAUACUUUGUUCCUGUGAAGGACGCCAAUUUUUUUUUUUUUUAAAUAAAAUUUAAUUUUAUAAUUACGAGUGCUUUCUAAGCAAGGAUAGCUUCCUAUUGUUGAAAACUGGUUGUUUUUAUUUAAAUCUUAUUUAUUUACAAUGCUCGUUGUAAAAGUCUACAGGUUUAUCCUGCUAGUAGAA